AUGUUUUUUGUUCCAAAAAUCACGGGAGAUUUACCCGCGCGAAGGGUGUCCAAAAGUAAAGUUAAACUCGAAAAGAUUACACUUGCGGAUCCGUCAUAUAACGUUCCUCAAAAAAUUGACAUAUUAAUUGGAGCACGUCAUUUUUAUGAUAUUGUGGGAGCUCAGCAGUAUAAACCGGAUGCAAAUGGCCCUGUAUAUCGCGAGUCUAAAUUUGGAUAUAUUAUUUCUGGUUUAACAUCAAACGACACAAACAUAAAAAACACGAUUUCCUGUUAUGCCUCAAACAGUCACGAAAAUAUUCAUGAAAACAAAUAUGAGUCUUUAGAAAAUGUAAUACAACAGUUUUGGCGCAUCGAGGAUUACGGCCAAAACAAACCUUACACGAUGGAAGAACAAACUUGUGAACAACAUUUCAAGCAAAAUGUUAGUCGCAGCGAGAGCGGUCGAUUUGUUGUACAUCUGCCGUUCCGCGGAAACGUCUCAAAAUUAGGCAAGUCUUACGACAUCGCAAAAAGAAGAUUAUUCGCAAUAGAAAGGCGGUUUAUAAAAAAUCCCUCGCUGAAAGGGGAUUACGUAAAGUUUAUGGCCAAAUAUGAAAAAUUAAACCAUAUGACACAGAAUAUGGAUAACGAAGAAAUCGAAUUGCCCGGUCGUAUGUGCUAUCUAGCUCACCAUUGCGUCCAAAAUGAAAACAGUCUCACAACAAAAUUACGCGUAGUAUUUGAUGCCUCAACAAAAACAGAAAGUGGGUUUAGUUUAAACGACGUACUGCAAAAGGGACCGUCAAUACAAGAGGAAUUAAUUCACAUAUUAGCCAGAUUUCGCACGCAUAAUUUUGUGGUAACUGCCGAUAUAAAAAAAAUGUACCGACAGAUACAGGUCUGUAAGAAACAUCGUGAUUAUCAACGUAUAUUGUGGAGAGAGAACGUUAAUGACCCUAUAAAGAUAUAUCGAUUAAACACUGUCACCUAUGGGACAGUACCUGCUUCUUAUCUCGCGACGGCUUGUUUACAAAGAUUAUCGGAAAUCGGACAAGGUCAAUAUCCAACAGUAGCACCAUUAAUUGCACGGGAUUUUUAUAUGGACGAUUUUAUCAGCGGUGCAGCUACAAAGGAAGACGCAAUCGAGAUACGCAAUGCACUUAUAAAAUUAAUGUCUACAGCUAAAUUAGAGCUAGGUAAAUGGGCGUCUAACGAUUCGAUUUAA